AUGAUCUCAAAUAAAGAAGAUAAACCCACUGAAGUGUUGUUAAGAAGUCUGGACACAAUAAGCAGUCCAAGCCGCAAGCGAGGACGCCAGACCUACACCAGGUACCAAACCCUUGAACUGGAGAAGGAGUUCCACUAUAACCGUUACCUCACUCGUCGGAGGAGGAUCGAGAUCGCUCACUCCCUCUGUCUGACAGAGAGACAGAUCAAGAUCUGGUUCCAGAACAGAAGGAUGAAGUGGAAGAAGGAGUGCAGACAGUUGCAGGUCAUCAAUGGCGAUUGCAGCAUUGACAAGUUAUUGAAACAA